AUGCCUGGGCCGGCUCCGAACCGUCUGGCCCCGCAGCCUGGUGGGCGCCAGCCUUGCGGCUGCCAGGCCAUCGGAGCCGGAGCCAUUGGUGCUGGGCCCAUUGGUGCAGGAACCAUCGGAGGGGGGACCAUCGCGCCUCCGAUGGCGCCCUCGCCGCCUGAUUGGGGGCUGCCCCGCCAGGACCUCCACCAAAUGCAACAACCACAACGCUUCCCUCCACAGCAGAUGCAGCCUCAGGCUCCACAAGCCCCACAAGCCCCCCAAGCUCCCCAAGCUCCCCAAGCACCCCAAGCUCCCCAAGCACCAGCCCAAGCGACACAAUCUCCACCAGCCACACAGGCAGCACAACCUCAACCCUUUCAGGCCAAAGCUGUUGGACGUCCCGUGGCACCUCCAGACACGAUGCCGCCUCAAGAGCGACCGGCGCCUGAGGUCUUACCACCUCGCCGCGAGUCUCGCGAUGCUGUGCAUCCGCCCGACCCGCCCCGCGAGGCUCCGCAACCCCGCGAUGCCCAGCCCCCCCGUGAGGUGCCACGUGACCCAGUGCCAACUCGUGAGCGAGACACUCGCUCUCCCGUGGCAGCUUCGACUGGUCCAUCACUGGAGCGCAAGGGGAGCGCGGGGGAGAAGUAUGUGCCUCCCGGCUCAGGAAACCGCCCACCACCCCGCCCACAAGCCGAAUCCAAGCCAGUGGAGAAACGCUUCGAAGCUUCUGCUAUCGAGCGCCGCAGGCACAGCGUGGAUGCUUGGGAGGAGUCCGGACCAGUCCGGUCUAAGCCGACGGCGUCGCAUCUGGAGAGAGGCACCUCCAACUCUGAAGACAAGGACUCCAAGGCACGCAAAGACCUCCUCCACGCAGUCUUCCGCGCCUGCGAUCUCAACAGUGACGAUUGGCUCAGCGAGGGUGAGUUCCGCAACAUCGCCAACUUCUAUGGGUUCAAGGGGGACAGUGAGAAGUGGGCCGAGGAGUUCAAGAAGCUGUGCGAGGAGCAUCACGCGAACCCCAACAAAGGAAUCAGUUUCACGAUGUUCACGAACUUGCUGAACGACCAACAGGGCGGCCUGCACGCAGACAUGGACGACCUCCAGAAGAUGCUGCGCAAGCUGCAGGACCACAAGCAGAAGGUCGGCGGCACGGCGGCCAAGAACCAAGGAGCAGCGCAAGCAGAGGGGGAAGGAGACGAGUUCUUCCAGAAGCUGAAGAGGAGCUGGGAGGGUGUCCUGGCUUCAGGUUUCUGGGAUCGCGGGAGCGUCGCGGAUGCCAAGGCCGCAGAUGCUGCGGCGACGAAUGCGGCGCCAGCAGGAGAUGCUCAGCAACGACGGCAGCACGAAGAUGAGAUGAAGCUUGUAGAGGAGUAUUUGGAAUACGUCAAGCGCGAGAAAGCUGCGAAGCAGGAGGAGCGGCAGCUGCGACUGGCGCGGCUCCGACCGAAGCCGCGGAAGCUCCGCGCGCGCUCGGACGUUGCCGAGAGCUCCGUUGGGAUGGGUGCCCGGCAGGCCAGCCACACAUCCAUGAAUUUCAUGACUUCAGUCCCGAGCACUGCCAGCAUGCGCACCGCCACGGCACCCUUGCUGAUCGAGGAUGACCGGGCCCCAACACCGGAGCAACGUGAAGCCGAGCCGUCGCCGCGCUUGGCCGAGCCGCGCGUGCGUGACGAGAUUCCGGAGAACGUUCGCAAGCUGUACAGCAAGUUCCGUGGCCCGCUGAUGCUCAAGUACUUGAAGGAGCUGGCAUCCAGUGAUCAGGUCACUGGCUGGCGGCUCUUCCAGGUAGCCCCACCUGAGGAGGAUUCCAAUGAAGAGGUGCUCUGCAAUGACCGGGAGAAGGAGUUCCAGCGACGCUCGCAGCAACACCUGGCCCGAAGGCAGCGGCAGAGGCGCAUGCACCAGGUGGCUGCGGAAGUGCUGAAGGGGAAGCGCGAGCUGGGAAACUGCUUCAAGGAUGCAGACCUGCCCUCGCGUUCGCGGCCCCUUGAUGGCAGUCAGGGCCAUCAGGUGCUGAUAGCGCGUGACUGCCGCGAGAAAUGCCGCGGGAAGUCACUGCAGUUCGCCAUGUGCGCAUGCGCGGAAAAGACGGUGCACUGGUACAACAAGCACGGCCAGCUCGCGGAGCAAAUUCGUCUCAACUUAGUCCACGAGCAUCUCUCUGAGAUCAAGCCCAGCCAGGCGAUGAAGAUCCUCUACGAUUUGGACCAGCAGGCCAAGGAGACGCUGACGGAUCCGACGGGGUGGAUCAUCAACCAGGCGAAGCUGCGCAAGCAGGCGAACGAGACGAAGGGCAAGGGAGAUGGCAAGGGAGAGAGGGACGGCGACCACAAGGAGCGCAACAACAAGACAGAGGGCAAACCCGAGGUGGCCGCCAAGGAUGCAGUACCCGAGUGGCGCAGCCAGAAGUCCGAGGAACUGGAUGAGAAGAACAGCAAGUCGGGCAACAAAGGUGCUGGCAAAGGCAAGGCCGACGAAGGUGAAGAGCAGGAGACUGAUGAGUUCCGUGCCAAGAUGAAGAGGACCAUCAACUGGUACAAUCGCCACGGAGGACUCCUUGCGCCGAUCCGCUUUCAGGAAGUGAUCCAGACCCUUGGCAUGACGGACCCGAGGGUGGCCAUGAGGCAGGAGGGUCUCAAGCUGUCACUGACAAGUGAGAUGGCUACAGUCAUCUCUACCCAGCUCUCUGGUCAUCUUGGCAGCUUCAAUGAGAGGGUUAACAUGCUACAUGAUGAACUGGCCCUGGAAUCGAGCGAGCGAAAGUCUGACAUGGCUGCAAUCAACAAACGGUUGGAUGACAUGGAGACCAAGCUUAGCAACCAGUCGAAGUUUCCGUCAGGGUCUGACUUCAGAGCAGUACCUCCCCCAUCAGAUCCUUGGCAGAGACCCUUGACUACCCCGACCUUUCAGGGAGCCUCAGGACCGCAUCUUCCCACGUCUUCAGCUGACCCAUGGAGCAAGCACCUGUCCCGCCCGGGCUCGGGAGGCGAGUCUGGCAAGGGCAGCGAUGGUGGUGGCUCUCCCAACGCUGGUCAAGACACAGAUUUCAAUCGCGUCUUGGCCGGUGGCUGGGCGACAGACACACCGCGAGGAGAAAUCGAGAGAGACCUUUCGGAGGCACUUGCGCUUUGGGAUCAGCAGUAUCAGUCCCAAAUCACAAAGACGUAUGUGUUUGGGAAGCGCUCCAAGACUGCCAACAUCAUCUUGUCCUCGCUCCCCUAUGACCUGUCCCGAGAUCGCUUCUAUGCCAUUCAGCAGUCUUACAGCAACAAGACUAGGACCAGCACUGGAGAUUUUCUUUACUUUUCACCUCAUCGCUCUAAAUCUCUUCGGACAAAGAAUAGAAGCACUAGAAUGGCAAGGGAAGUUGUGGAGGCGGUGAGUGGGCUGAGUUGCGAUGCUCCAGACUCUCAGCUUGAAGUUGACUGGGGCCGCCAGCUCCUUUGGUGGGGAAAGGAGAGAGUCGCAGCGGGCACCCAGAACCAGCUACUAGCCAAUACGGGUGACAGAGUGAUGCCGAAGCAGUUCGUGGACGCAUACAGGGAGCAAUCUCAGUUCUUCUUCAAUGCGACACUGCUGGCCUCCAAGUGUGCUAAGUCGGUGGGUGAAGUCGAGACCGCAAUUCGUGCCAUUCCCUGGAAAAACCUCGAAAGCUUCCUGGCCUGGAUGGAGGAGUCAGGGGAGUGCCUUGACAUGAUUACCUUGCAAGAGGUGGGUGGUGUCUCCGCGCUUCCAGUUGUACAGAACUAUGGUGAUGGCAUUGCACAGAUCACGAUGCAUGAGUGCAACGAUAUCCAUGACUAUCACGUCUUUUCGUGCAGUGAGCUUUCUUCACACCUGAGUCAAGUGAUCCUUGUUAGCAAAGACUGUGUUGAUCACAUCAGUGGCUGCUGGAAGGGAGAUAGACUUUUGGGUGUGGAUAUCGUUUGCGUGGGCUCGAUGAGACGUUUGAGCUUGGUUGGUUGCCACCUACCCCAUUGCGAUAAUUCAGACGAAGUUUUUCAGGCCUCCCUUAGGGAGAUACAAGAACUACAGAGACGCAUGGACAGUCAAAAUAUCCCUUGUGUAAUCAUGGGUGACUUCAAUGCUGAGACCUCAAGUAUUCGUGGCAUCCAACUUUCCUCGACUGUGUCCGGUCGCAUCCUUCAGAGUUUUCAGCCGACGCGUUUUGGGAGGUGCUCAGAGGCAGAAUUGGACUUCUUCAUGGUGAACAGAUCCAUGAAUGACAUCCUCGUACCCCAAGCGGCCUCAGUUCAGGUUGCUACUAUCAAACAUUCGCACCUAGCUCUUGGUAGUGAUCAUGACUGUGUUUGCUUGGAGCUUGCUCUCAAAGAUCCAACUCACCCCAUCAGGAGGAAGCGGAAGCGAUAUCGGCGUUUUAAGUGCCGCAGACACAGUGUAGCGCACGAGCCUUUGCAUGCUGAGCUUCAGGGAGCAUCGGCCACCUUUGCUGAGCAGACCUUGGUGCAGCAAUGGGAGACUCUGUCGAGACUCUCAAACCAACACUCCUUUGCAAGCCCCAGCCUCAAGUACAGGGAUCCUCCUGGUAUUAAACAGUUAUGUCAAGAAAGACGAUUGGCCAGUGAUCCUUUGGAGAGGGCUCGGGUUACCAGGGUCAUCAUUGCUGCUAGGCAUGAAGCCAGGCGUAGGUGGAUGCAAGACCUGUACGACAAGAGUGAGCAAGGAGAUCCUUCGGCUAUAAGGUACCUCAAGCAUCGUGGUUCUCAGAUGCCCCCUAACACUGAGGACUUUGUUGCGAAGAGCGGUGGCGAACAGGCGUCCAUCGACCAUGUAAAACAGCACUACUCCAGACUGUUUGGGAAUGAGCCCACUCCGCUUGAAAGGGAGUCGUUGAAGGGAUCCUUGCAAACUCUUCUCGAACGUGAAGCUCAGUGCCCGCCAGAACCUUUCACCGCAGCUGAAGUGCAGCCAGCUCUGGACCGCCUGAAGCGAGGCAAGGUUUCAGGUAUGUCUGGUAUCAGCAAUGAGUUUUUGCUUGCAGUUUGGCGCAACGAGGAUGGUCAAGCCAUGCUUUUAUGUCACCUCAAUAACCUGUUGACGUCCCAAGAUCUUCCGCCCGAUCUACUUCAGGCAUAUGUCUGCCUCAUCCCGAAGGCUCACUACAUACUUGAAUGCAAGGAUCUUCGGCCGAUCAAUUUGCUCGAAGUGCUUCAUAAGGUCUUCGCAUGGCUUUUGAUCUCCCGCUUGCAACAGCACUGGCCGAAACCUGGGUUGCAGCUCGGGGGCCUUGCCGGCUCGCAGGUUGCGGACGCUUUGCUAUGUGCACACUCAAGGGUCGCGAAAGAGAGUCGGGAACACACAUACGGGGUUUGGAUCAGCUGCGACGUGCAAGCGGCGUUCGACUCUGUAUCCCAGUCUAAGGUCGCGGCCUUUGUAGCUGCCUUCAGUCCUGAUACCCUGGGUGCCGAAGCGCAUCGACUUUUGCAGUUAGUCAUGGGGCCCAAUCUGCACUUUGUUUGGAGGGGAGAGAGUUGGUCGCAAGGCCAGUCGACAGGAGUGCAACAGGGUGGUUCACAUUCAGCGUUGCUGUUUAGUUACGUCUUGGGCCUUGCGGUCAGUCAGCUGGAUGAGACGUGGGCGCAUCGGAAGGAACCCUGCUGGCAUGACUCGUACGGCUGGGCUUAUGUAGACGAUAUGAUGUUUAACUUCGUCAGUUGGGAGCAGUGCGACCGAUGCUUUGCCGACUUGUGCUCUGUGCUACAUGAUCUUGGGCUUCGAUUAAAUCUGCGAAAAACUGUCGUUAUGUCGCAUCCCAAUGUUCUUCGUUUGGGCAAGUCGUACAAUUUUCGGGAGGGUUCGGUGGUGCCACAACUAGCCUGGGAACGCAGUGUCAAGUACCUAAAGAAGCCCCUGAUGCACUUUGAUGCGGAUGUUCACAAAGAUUCGACGGAGGCCAUGCUUCAGCCGAUACAUGGUGCAGCGCAUAUGGCGUAUGAGAAACUGCAAAGGGCGAUUCGCAAGGGCUGCUGGACUAAUCCUAAAGGAGUACUGCGUCUUCUCAACUGCUAUGUGGGUGGUGUUUGGUUUUGGCUAAGUCCGUUGCUUGAACCCCUCCAGCAAUACCUCAAUGCCAUUAGGACUUUACAAAUCACGAUCUUCGUACUCAUGCUUGGGCUCUACAUACCCAGCUCGUGCAACCACAACGCCGCUAUGCACUUGCACCGGCUCCGACGUCGAGUCGCCCUGCUGGUUCUGGCACAGUGUCCCCAGCAUGACUGGUGUUGCAUCUGGCUGAAGCGCAGGUGGUUGUAUCUUGGCCACACUCUAAGGCAACCACAGUCGCACAUUACCCGUAAGGCAAUCGUGGCUCUGAACUCGGUCAAGGCUGCAGUCCCGAGCCCGUGGUCACAUAUUCUCUCCUGGGGUAGACAGCAACUUCAACACAGUACGGGGGUACCAUCGAACUUUGAUGAACUACAACAUCGAGCUAGCAACAAAGAGGCCUGGUUCAAUAUGCAUACUGGUGUGGUGCUAGGAUGCCAGCCGCAACACCCGAUCGUGCACAGUUGUGAUUUGCAUCACUGGAGAGAUGCGCUGCGAGUACAGACCGAGUGGCGCUUAGGAGCGUCCCUGCACGUUCUGACUGAUGCUGAGACGGGAUCUUUUCAGGUGACGGUUGGAUGGUUGAAUGAAGUUGAGGGGAUGCAGAGUUUUACUCGUGUUGGUGAGGUCCAGCAUGUCCUUCACUUGUGGUUACAGUAUCUACAGUUCGAGUUUGCGGGCAUCAAUGUCGAGUUCUUUCUUGAGCAGUGGAUAUUCGAGGCUUUCGCUUCUGAGCUUAUGCAGAUUCUGAACGACUUGGAUCAGGCCAACGCUGAGGCUGUGUUGCAAGAUCCCACGAAGUGGAUCAUCGAGGCGUGGCUGGCCGGUGCGCAGCUGCCUCAGCCUUUCACGCCCUUCUCUGCAUGGGGCCGCCAAUGGCCACCGGUGGCUUGCCGCACCCUUCCAUUCAAGACCACUGCCUUCGACAAGACGACGGACACUCUUGUGGGCAGUCGAGGUCACUCACUCUUCACGCUGACUGGCGAGGACUUGCUGCCAUGCAGCGGCAUGGCAAGCUCAGUUUUCCAUCUGGGCGGAGUUCAGUACACCAUCAACACCUUCAGCAUUUCGCCCCUCCCUGGCGGUGCUCUGGCUCUGGGGCGCGGCCGGGGGGAGCUGGCGAUCCUGUCGGCAAAGGCAAUCGCUACGGGCGGCGGUUCUCCGCAUUCUUUUGCCCUAGGAUCAAGGAUCGGCUUUCCGAUCGUUUCCCUCCUGGUGCUCAGCACCGGAGAGCUCCUGGUGGGCUUCCAGGAUGGGGUGCUCGGUGUCCUCGAAGAUCACGCAAACCCCGACGCGGUCGACUUCCGCACUCUCUCUCAAUCCAAGUGCAGCUCAACAAGGACUACGAAAGUCCUGUUGGAGCUCGCCCCCGGUGAGCUGCUCGUCCAGUGCCGUGGGCCAUCGAUUUACAAGCUUGGCAGGGUCAACAACCAGCUGGCGACCCUCUCCUUUCAGGCGAACUUGAACACCAGCGGCGCUGUGCGCGCGGCUGCUCUCACGACGCAGGGCUACAUGCUUGUCGCAACGUACAGAGAAAUUCAGUCUUUCUGGCCUGACGAUCGCACGGCCCUAGGCGGAAGGAGACGGCUUCUUCAGCCGCGAAGCAGCCGACCAAACAAGAAUCGUGCUUCCUUGCUGGCGCCACUCCCGAAUGGUGGCGCCGUCCUCGCCAGCAGCACGACGAUCCUGGUGUACGAUGCCGCAUCCAUUCCGAGCUUGGAUUCUCCUCGAUCACUUCAGAUGUUUGGUAUGGCUCUUUGCCUACAUGUUCGACCCGAUGGCUACCUUGUGGUAGGUGGGGCCGUCCUGUACAUCUUCUCGCCUUCAGCCCUCGCCGCAGGCGGAGCGGCAGACAUGAUCCUGAGCGUUUCCUCCCAUGUGAUGGCGAUCACCUCCUUGACCACGGGAGCUCUUGCAGUGGCGACGACUGCUGGGACGGUGGACUUCUUCAUGGACGGGGUCCUGAAGCAGCCGAUGAAAACACGGGCGGAGCUGCACGUCGGUGCGCACACGGACGCUCUGGCGAUCUUGUCCAAUGGGGGCGUUGCCGCUGUCAGCCCCUGUCAGCUGAGCCUCUUUAGCAAGGAGGCCGUUCGGAGCGGAGGAAGCGCCGCGCACUCUGUCGAUCUCACGAGCGUCACCGAUUGCGACCGGUGGAUGAAGCGCAAGAUCUUAGCUCUGCCAAACGACACUGGCGUGGUGGUGACAUUCGGCUCCGAGGAGGACGAGACUGGCGAGCUGCGCCUCUUCAAGAUUGCUGCGGGCACGAUGAAACCGGAGCUUGUAGGUGAGGCUUCCUUCCCCGGCAACAUCUUGAAUAUGGGCUUCCUGGACGACAACCUCCUGGCGUUGGCGAUCUCCUUUGACAUGUUCGAUGGCUUGGUGGUUGUGUACAGCUUGGACAGCUUGUUGGCUGGAGGGGCCCCAGAGAUCAACGCGACCUUUGAUGCCAUGAUCUACUCGAUUGCUCCGUUGAGACCGACGGUGCUGGCGGUGGCUCUGCAGUUCGGUGGUGUUAUGAUCAUGGAAGUGAACUUCGAGCAGCGAUGCAUGCGACAUGUCGCUCAGCUUGACAUUUCUGAUGGCUCGCCGUCAUCUGUGUUGGUGCUUCCCGAGCACGCUGGCAUUGCUGUGUCCAUCGGCCACAGCAUUGAGUUCUUCCAAUUUGACCUCGAUGCACUUCUGCUGCAGGCCCGCACGGCAGCCUGUUACGUGGACUUCGCGCACGGCCAUGGUGGAGUGGCGCCGACUGUGUCUUUGCCCUCGUACCAGUCUAUGAUCCGGGAGUUCUUUGUAGUCUCGACGGGCCUGCUCGUCGGAGCUCACUUCUUUGCUUGGGAUGGCAUCAAGGCACAGUGCGCUUCGGGCGAGUACUCCCCCGAAGGGGAGUUCUACUGCAUGCCCUGCGAUCAUGGCUGGCUCUCCGCCGUCGGGCAAGGUGGAUGCCGCUACAUGACCUGGUACACCUUCAGCGUCUGGGUAGCGAUGCCCAUGGCGGCUCUGCUGGGGGCGAUUGCUCUGAUCGUCGGCCGGCGAUUUGUACAGCUCACCGACCUGCCAGCCAGCGGUCAGGAGCAGGAGGCCGAGAUGGAGCCUGGCGUUGUCGCUGUCUUCGAGAUGGAUGCCGGGUCGGAAGCAGCCGCACGUUCGAGGAGAACAGCGGCUUCUUCCUUGGACCUGGCGCCGAGUCGUAUUGCCGCCCUUGGCGGUUUCGUUUCCAUGGGCGUCGCCGGCCUCCUCUACCCGCCGCCUUGGGAUUUGGACACCUUGGCCAUGUACGCCGUGAUGGGAACCCUGCUUUGCCUGCUCAGCCUGCCUGGUACGAGGGGAGCGAUGGGUCGCCCUACCCGCGGGCUGCUUACGCCCAUCCUCAUGAUCCUUCUCCUGCUGCAAUCGGAGAUCCUUACACGAAUUGCCGAGUCAUAUCGCCACCUCAACGCCUCCGUGACGUUCUUGGGCUUCUUUGCCACGGCGGACAAGGAGUACUGGAGUUCGGUUAGCCUGCUUGUGGGGAACUGCCUCGCCAUCCUAGCGGCCGAAAUCCUGCGACAGCAAGGUCCGGGUGAUGUACCGAUCGAGGCAGAAGUGCUCGUGCGGGAGGGCCGCCGGAGUCGGGCGCCAAAGCGGCUGUCACCGGUGCUGAUGCGCGUGCAGCGCGGGAUGGCGACAGGGAUGCUGGUCCACUUCGUCUCCGGCGCCAACGAUGCCUACACGAUGAUGCUCUUCGCGGCCCAGUUUCAUGAGGUAAGCCGUGAGCAUCUCAAUGCACAGCGGCAGGUGCUGAUCUUCGCCACGCUGCUGACAAGCUGUGGCUCUCUGCUUCUGCAUGUGGCAGCCAUACUGUCAACACGAUUUGGGCACAUGUACCCGUUCCUCCUGGCCUUUGAGGAUCGCCAUUUCCGCGGGUGCGUGACGUGCCGGUUUCUGCUGCUCUGCCUCAAGCUGAUUUACCUCCUCCUUCCGAACGAGCGGAACAUGAAGGACUGUAGUGACGGCCCGCCGUGUGAUGUCGAGUACGCUUGGGCGUGCUUCGGGGAAGGCGAAGGAUACUGCCCAAGUGCGUGCGUCGAGGACAUGCAGGGGGGCUCGUGCCUGGUCGCCAUGCGAGAGGACCAAGACCUGCAGUGUGUCUGCCUGGGAGUGAGGCCCAUCCGAAAGCAGGUGACGCUCAACACACUGAUCUCGAUUGCCGUCAUUUCCGCCAUGACGUUCAUGAGGAUUGGCCGACUCUGGACUUGCGAGGCCUACCUGAAAACCCCGCGCCCACGAGCAGGCUUGAUGGCUUUCGUGGUGCUGGCUCUUGGCCCCCAGAUCUGGCUCCUGGGCUUCACGGUCUACCUCGUCUUCACCAACCCGACCUUGAACAACACGGAGUCGCUUUCUGGGGCACUGGUGCUUGGCUUCGUCUCCCUACUGCCUGCAGUGCUGCUGGCAAAUGAGUGCAAGUGGACGUUGGCUUCUUGGGCCCCGCCGCAGCCCUAUCGCUCCCGCAACGCACUGCGACUCGGAGAUUCCGGAGCCCCGGCCCUCCGCGGUGCAUCCUUCGUCUUUGCGGCUGCCGGAGCAGUCCUCCACGCGCGCUAUGGGGGGCUCUGGCCCAGCCUGGUGGCUGUGCUUCUGUCGUUCAUCGCAGUCAUGUCACUUCUGGCGCCAUCCACGUCGAUGCCCGAAUGA